AGCGAACCGCUGCAACUUUAGAUGAACUUCUGAUUUGAACAAACCGAGAGGCGGUCUGCACGGACAACAACACACACAAAAGGUGAAGAGAUUCAGAGGUUUUUCUGCUACGAAGUCUUCACAGCCGGUUCGUUUUAUCUCUCUCAGCAGUGACGGUUUGUGUACGUCGGUGACUGACCAGCGAGAGGUUUAUUUUUCCUCUCGAAAACGCCGACAAGGUGGAAAUUAAUAAAGACUCCUGCUUUUCUGCCGCUGUAGGGAAACCUCUUCUGACGACAGUCACACAAGUAGGCACAGGAUUAAAGGAAAACAUCCUGGUCAUUGUUCAUCACUGCUGGAUGGAGUCGCCUCUCUGAUCUAAAGGAAGCUGCGACUACUUGAAGUUGGGAAAGCUGUCAUCUGUUGGCAGAUCAACUGAGAAAGCUUCCGACUGUGUCAUCUUCACUUCACUGACCUGGACAAGACUCUGGGAUCAUCAGUGCUUUGUGUUUACAAGAGAUCCAGACGCCCACAGUCAAAGGAGAGCUGUUUUUUCUCAUCAAGGCCGGUUGCCUUGUUGGUCUCCUCCAGACUGAAUUGAGUUCUCCUCUAGCAUGGUUGCAACACAGACGGCUUUUUAGAGACUUCAGUUGUUAAAGCUCUCCAUCUACACACUUUUUUAUAGCUCUGUAAAGCGCCAAAUGUAUCCAUGAGACUCUCGUCACUUCACUCAGUGGGCAUUAUGUUGACCCUAAUCUAAACCCAUCAGAAACCCAUCCCUACCUUUCCCUCCCAUCUCCCCUCCCCACACCCUGUCCCAUCUCCACCAUGACCAGUCUGAAGCGUUCUCAGACAGAGCGCUCGGUUGGCGGCUCAGUGCCGGCUUCUGAUGAGUUCUACACCCGCCGUCUGCGACUACCCAAUGGAGGGGCACCGCCACCCCGCAGCGAGAGCGCCCACAUCUCCUCUUCCUCCACAACGGGCACCAACCCCGGCGUUCCUAAGAUGGGGGUUCGGGCGCGUGUUGCUGAUUGGCCCCCUAGAAAAGACGGAGGAGGAGGGGGUAUUUGGCAUAUCACCGUGGAAACCGAUUCACCCAGCUCUACCAACACCACCAGCUCUUCAGGAUCAGGAAGUGGAGAUAGAGAAAGACUGGGAGGAGGGGGAGGAGGAGGUGGUGGGGGAGGAGGAGGGAGUGGUGGUAGUGGUAGUGGCGGCAGUGGAGGAGGGGGGGGGUCAGCCGUCACAGCCCACAGCAAUCUGUCAGCCAAGCUGGGCCACCUGAUAAGCCCGCAGGACUCAAGCAUGCUGCGCAACAUCCACAACACACUAAAGAACAAGAUGCAGAUCAAGGGAAAGGACAACCGCUUCCUGUCGCCUGAUGGCUAUCUUGGCUCUCCUCGCAAAGGCAUGAGGCGCAUACGCCAGCGGAGUAACAGUGAUAUAACUAUCAGUGAGCUGGAUGUGGACGGCAAUGAGGGCUGGUCCUUCUCCGGGUGGACACCCAUGCACCGCGAGUAUGGCAGCACUUCAUCCAUAGAUAAACAUGGCGUGUCAGGAGAGAGCUUCUUUGACAUGCUGAAAGGAUACCAGUCUCAUGAGGCCCCUGAUCAGCGAAGCCCAGCUCCAGAGAAGCUGACGGAGCUACUCACUGUGGCCCCAAUCAAACAGGCUGCCCUGGAUCUUCCAGAUGGACCUUUAGGUCCAGCCAGAGGUAGUCCUGCCAGUCGGCUGAAGGAACGAGAGAAGCACUUGAAAAGGAGGUCAAAGUCAGAGACAGGUGGGGAGUCAAUAUUCCGUAAACUGCGCAGUGUGAAGGUGGAUGGUGACACAUCGAGGGCUGGCUCAGAUGCUGAAGAUGGUGGCAAAGGGGAUGAGAGUGGCCCCCCUCCCAAACCCUGGGCGUGCCAAAAAGGCUUUGCCCAUUUUGAUGUCCAGUCUCUACUCUUUGACCUCAAUGAGGUCAUUCAUAGUCGGCAAUCUGGCUCCAAACGUAAGAACACCACCACCGGCGCCUCGGCUGCUGCUGCUGCUUCUGCUUCGGCUACGUCCUCCCUCUCCUCCAAUCAGAGUGGAGUGUAUGGGUCACCCUGUGGCUCCCAAGAGGAGCUAAGCAAGGAGGGGGCAGGAGGACAUGGUACCAACCCUGCCUUGGACCCUGGUGAUGACAAGAGCAACGACCUGGUGCUCAGCUGUCCUUGUUUCAGGAAUGAGAUUGGGGGAGAGGGAGAGAGGAACAUCUCUCCCGCUAAACAGCAGGGCAGCAUAGGUAGUGGCGGCAGCUCGAGCAGUUCUUCGGGCAGCACAGAGGAAGGACCUUUGGAUGCCACUCUCAGUACUCAUUUUACCAACGCUGGUGUGGCAGUGCUGGAGGCCCCAAAGGACGGGCCCAGCCAACACGCCGACAGGUCCAAGCGUUACAUUGUGGAACAUGUUGACCUCGGCACCUAUUACUACCGAAAGUACUUCUACCUCAGAGAACACUGGAACUACCUGGGCGUAGACGAGAACCUGGGCCCGGUGGCAGUGAGUCUGAGGAGGGAGAAGCUGGAUGAGCACAAGGAGCAUGGCCAGCAGUACAACUACAGGGUCAUCUUCAGAACGAGCGAGCUGAACACCCUGAGGGGCUCCAUCCUGGAAGAUGCAGUACCUUCCACAUCCAAGCACGGUCUCGCUCGAGGCCUGCCCCUCAAAGAGGUGCUGGAGUACCUGGUGCCUGAGCUCAACGUCCACUGCCUGCGCCUGGCACUCAACACACCGAAGGUCACUGAGCAGCUAAUGAAGCUGGAUGAGCAGGGGUUGAGUUUCCAGCGUAAAGUGGGGGUGAUGUACUGCAUGGCGGGCCAGAGCAGCGAGGAGGAGAUGUACAACAACGAAUCGGCUGGACCGGCGCUGGAGGAGUUCCUUCAUCUGCUGGGGGAGAGGGUUCGACUCAAGGGCUUCACCAAGUACCGGGCCCAGCUGGACGCCAAGACUGAUUCAACGGGCACCCACUCCAUGUACACGACCUACAAGGACUAUGAGAUCAUGUUCCAUGUGUCUACAAUGCUGCCCUACACACCCAACAAUAAGCAACAGUUACUGCGGAAGCGUCACAUUGGGAAUGAUAUCGUCACGAUUGUGUUCCAGGAACCCGGGGCGCUCCCCUUCACCCCCAAAAACAUCCGCUCACACUUCCAGCACGUCUUUGUGGUUGUGCGUGCCCACAACCCGUGUUCUGAAAACAGCUCCUACAGUGUGUCUGUCACUCGGUCCAAAGACGUGCCCUCUUUCGGUCCCCCUAUCCCAGAAGGCGUGACCUUUCCCAAGUCCUCUGUGUUCCGGGACUUCCUGCUUGCCAAGGUCAUCAACGCAGAAAACGCCGCCCACAAGUCACACAAGUUCCGCGCCAUGGCCACCCGAACGCGCCAGGAGUACCUGCGCGACCUGGCUGAGCGCCACACCACCAGCACACCCAUCGACCCCUCCGGAAAGUUCCCGUUCAUCUCACUCGCCCAUAAGAAGAAAGAGAAGAGCCGGCCGAGUGUCGGGGCAGAGCUGCGCAGCCUGGGCGGCGUGACCUGGCUGGUCCACGUCGAGGAUCAUGGGACCGGAGGAGAACUGGAGGCCCUCCUGGCCAUCUCCAAUGAGUUCCUCAUCCUGUUGGACCAGGAGGCCAAGGCCGUGGUGUUUAACUGUGCCACUAAGGACGUGAUUAGUUGGACGCUGACCAGCCCUGCGUCUUUGCGGAUUUUCUAUGAGCGGGGAGAAAGUGUGUCUCUGAGGAGUAUCAGUAAUAACACUGAGGAUUUCAAAGAGGUGGUCAAACGUCUAGAGUUCCUGACUAAAGGCUGUGAGACAUCAGAGAUGACGCUUCGUCGAAACGGCUUGGGGCAACUGGGCUUUCACGUCAACUAUGAAGGCAUCGUGGCUGAGGUGGAGCCGUACGGUUACGCCUGGCAGGCAGGACUGCGGCAGGGAAGUCGAUUGGUAGAAAUCUGCAAGGUUGCUGUUGCGACACUAACACAUGAGCAGAUGAUUGACCUCCUGCGGACCUCAGUGUCAGUCCGUGUUGUUAUCAUCCCGCCACAUGAUGACGCCACUCCACGCAGAGGCUGUUCAGAGCUCUAUCGGAUGCCUGUGUCAGAAUACAAAGGCAGCAGCAGCGACAGCGGCUCCUUCGAAUACAAGUUCCCCUUCCGCAGCAACAACAACAAGUGGCAGAGGACGUCCAGCAGCCCCCAGCAGUCGCUGACCGCCUCGCCACAGCCUCACACGCCCAACAGGGCCAUCAGCCUGGGCAGCUCAGUGGGGAAGACUCUGUCAGCUGAGAGGCUGGAGAGGGGCGCAGUCAUCCCACGCAGUGUCAGCAGUGAUGGCCGGCCCCUGGACCCAAAGAGGAUGUCUCCGGGCAGUGAGAGCUACAGCCUGGCCUCCUCGCUGGCACUGGGUCGCUCCCCUCACAAUCGCAGCUCUCCCAGCAACCUGUCUUGUUCCAGUGACGCCUCCGGAAGCUCUGCUCACUGGAGACAGAAGUCCAUGCCCGAGCAGUUUGCAAGCAGCCGCCACUCUCCGAUGUCUUCACAGAGAAGCGAGGUGGUUGGAGACGGCGGGUCCAGUGGAAAGUCCACUCCCAAUUGGUCAAGAAUGGAGGAAGGGGGCGGGACCGAACGUGGGUCAACAGAGGCCCCAGUCUCCAAAUCUGGACAAGGCUACUCUGGAGCCCCCCGCAUCCAGAGGCAGGAGCAGGUCAUCCACCUGUCCCCGAAGAAGGGCAGCCAGCAGUCGGACGGCCCCUACUCUGGGCACUCCAGCAGCAACACACUAUCCAGCACAGCUUCCAGUGGGGGCCACAGCGACAGCGAUAAAUGGUACGAAAUGGGAGCGGGCGGAGGCUCAAGCGGCGACCAGGGCGAGACGGAGCCCAACGGCCUGGGAGGAGGAGGCUACCUCCAGGGGGCGUCGGCCGACAGCGGGAUAGACACCAGCUCUUACGGAGCCUCUCACCACACGCACCCCCACUCUCAUCACGGCAGCACCACCUCCCUGCUGGCUCCCAGCGGAGGCAGAGAGAGCAGGGAGCGGUCAGUGUCUCCAUGGCACAGCCCCACUGAAGGAGGCCGCAGGAUGCUGGAGAGGUCGCCCGCUGCUGCAGAGUCCCCGGGGCCUCCAGCAGAAAGGAGUCAGGAGACGGGCCGGACGCCACCGACUCAUCUCCUCGUUAGAGACAGCAGCACCUACAGUCUGAGUGAAGCUGGAUCACACUCGAGUGCCAGGCACUCAGGCCACAGCUCCCCCAGAGACGAGUCCUCGUCUUCAGCCACCUCCCCUUCCUCCCAGUCCUCAGCGUCCCCUGGGCCCAAGAGCUUCUACCCACGCCAAGGAGCUCAGUCCAAGUACCUGAUUGGCUGGAGAAAACCCGGCUCCACCAUCAAUUCUGUCGACUUCGGGGACACACGCAAGAAGUCUCCAGGAGAGGAGAGGAGUGGAGUGGAGGUGAUGCCGACCCCAGCAGCCAGGCCCUCUCUGCGGGACAUGCACUCGCCUCAGCCUCAUGCCAAAUCUACUAUGGAGGAAGAUGUGAAGAGACACCUUUCCCCAGACAGCCCUCCGCCACCACGCAGGCAUAAGGAAAAGCACGGUCAGAAAUCAGAACCCAGCCACAAGCCUCUCCGUCGCUCCCUCCAUCGCACCCUGUCUGAUGAAAGUAUCUAUCGUGGUCAGCGGCUGCCUCCUCUCUGCGACGCCGUGGCUGAACCGCAACUCGGCGCUGAUGUUCUCUUCAGCUGCUCCACCCUGCCGCGCUCACCCACCACCCGCGGUGUCCCUCUCCGACGACCUUCCUAUAAGCUGGGAGUCAAACUCCACGGUGACCUUUCGGCAUCUGACACCUCCUUGGUGGAUUUGGUGGAGCGUCACCGUGGACCCCUCCCUCAGGAGCUGAUGCCCCUCCCGUCUCAAGACAGGGACAGCCCCCUCGAGUGGACACACCUGGUGGACGUGGCCAACACCUUUGAGAGUGAAAGAAACACACACUAUGUCCAGAGAAGUUACGUGUUCGGAGAUGCAAACCACCGAAGCAGUGGUGCCUCCAGUCCCCAACAGCCCCACAUAGAGCUGCAGCCUGCUCCACUGUCACGGCCCUCAUCUAGUGAGGGUCACAUAGGACUAGAGAGGAAGGUGACUAAGCUGGAGGCCAUGGUGAAGAUGCUGCAGGAGGACCUGAAAAAGGAGCGUGAAGAGAAGGUGAGACUGCAGGGUCAGAUCAAGAGGCUGUGGGAGGACAACCAGAGGCUGCAGGAGGAGUCGCAGACGUCCGCCGCCAAGCUCAAGAAGUUCACAGAGUGGGUCUUCAACACCAUCGACAUGAACUGACUCCGACUUUGCACAUUUUCAGCUCACACACGCACAUACUCACACAAAUGCACACAUCAGCACACACAGUCUGGACGCAGAGGCAGAGGGGGGAAGGAAUCAUGCACAAGAAAAGUGGAGUUUUCUUCCAUCGGCUUUUUAAAUAAACAUCAGCGGGUAAUAUUGUCGACCAGUCUCCACGGGCCCCCUCUGUUAAACUCCUCAGGAUGAGACCCGUUUAUCAGAUUAUGAAGGACUGACCUCUACUCUCCGAUGGGACCACGAGAGCGUCGCUGAAUUGAUCUUUCUCUCAUCUCGCUGUGCCAAAAUCGUUUCUGCAAAAUUGCCAACCAUGAGGAAGCUCUUCCCUUCCCGUCUCUUGAAGAAAAAGAACCGUCACCCUCACACUGCCAUGCUCUCUCAGUGCUUCUCUUUUUAGGGGACAACAUAAAGUAAGUAUCUGGCCUUUUUUUUAAUGUUGCCCAGCUUCUCUGAAAAGGUGACUUGAGUCUUUUUUUGCCAAACCAAACCCGCCACAGCAGAGGGUAGCAGAGACAUCCAUGUGACUUGAGAGAAAACGCCUCUGAAACGCCACGCAGAGUCAGACAGGUACGCCACAAAUCUGCCAGCAUGGCCACUCGGAGUUCACCACAAACAAAGAUAAUGAAUAUGAAGCCUCAAACCACUGGACACAGGAGAGGUUUUCAUUCCUUCACAUGUAAAUGGAGUGUAAAGAAGUUUCCUCCUCAACGUUUCCGACCGCUGAAGGUCGGUCGUGGGUGUUUACAGGUGGAUCUGCCUCUGAACUGGAGAGAUUUGUACAGCUUUUUCUUCAUUUUCUUUUCUCCUCUGCGUCACUCAGAUCUGGAUUACAGCAUCCUAUGUCUCUACAGCACAAACAAACACCUGACAGAGGAGUAUAUUUAUAAGCCAUCGGCAAGCGGUGCCAUUAAAAAACAUGACUGAUAUCCAGAGUGCUUUGGUCCAUCCCAAUUGUAUGUGUCUUAAAAGCAAUAGGAAGAAGUCAGGACUCCUGUCUCGCUCUCUCGAUUAAAAAAAGGGAGAUUUUGCUCUGGGAAGAAUGUGGGGAAAAAGAUGUUUAAAGGUUACAAAAAGAGACCUGUCUGCUGCACAAGAGCCUCCAUUUUCUUCCAUUAAAGCCGCGUGCUUUGGGAAAAAGGAAACGGAGGACUCCGAUCACCAUCCCACUGUCUGGAAUAAAGAGAGCCAGCUGAUAAGAAAUGACAUUUUUGGGAGGGAAAAAUAAGAGGGGAUGUUUUUUUUUCUCCCAGGUUAAUUUAUUUCCUUGUAUUAUAACUCCAAUAAAUAAGUUGUUCUAUUCGUACAGUACAACUGACAUCAGUGUUUAGUUCCUCAAGACGAAAGGUCACUAGCUAUAUUAUUUAAAUGGCUUUCUUUCUUAAUUCUGGCUAAAGCCUGACUAUAUGCUUUUUCUUCUGUAUUCUGUUGUAUUUUGUGGUGCCCAAGCCUGCUGUUGUGUUGCUUACAGUGCCCUCUAGUGAUGACCAGUGGAAAUGUCAUGAUUAUUAAAUGUGCUGCCAGUCACUACUCUGUAUUUUUACCCCUCUUCAAACACUCAGUCAGACAUCGACCGACCGGGAGGCCACACAAACACAGAACAGGAAGAAAAAUCCAGCUUUGAGAGACAAUCAGAGGGUGGUUUUUUGAUAAAAAAGGGAGCAGACCUUAGGUGUAUGUAUGUGGGUGCAUGUGUGUGUGCUUAAAGGCAUACUAUGCAGGAAUUGUUGCUAAUGGCUCAACUAAAGUGAAAACAAACUCCAGAUUCAUCCACGUUUUGGCCAUUUAGCCUCACUAUAUUUAAGUUUUUCCGGCAUUGUUUCUGCUAUUUUUCAAAAGGUGACACCUAGAAACGUCCUCAACAUGAAAAAAAGAGAAAAUACGACAGUGAUUCCAUAAAAAGUUUGGACGCUGCAAAAAACAAAUAAAAUCAGAAUGCAUCAGUUUCAGAAUGAGUGCAUAAAUUCACAAAAAAAACUUAACGUUUUACAGUUUGAGCAUGAGAUAUCUUGUGUUUGUAGUGAAUUCAAUUGAAUGAGGGUUGCAAAGGAUUUGCAAACCAUUGCAUUAUGUUUUUAUUAUGUUUUUUUUUACAGCGUCCCAACUUUUUUGGACUCAUGGUUGUGCAGGCGUUGAGCAAAAGGCUGCAGACACCACCACACACUUUUGGUGCAGCAUAAAUAAUGUUUUUUUUUUUUGGGGGGGGGGUUAUUUUUAAAAUAUUGAGUCUGCAUUGUUUCUUUGGAAAAUCCUGCAUAGUAUACCUUUACAUUUCAAGAUCUAUCUAUAGUUUUCCUCAGGUUCAGGAACAAAAAUUAAUUAUAUGGUUAGAUUAAAAAAGCCCACAUUAAGAAGGAGCUACUGUACCAGUGGCGGUGUGUGUUGUCAUCGUGUGAAUGUACAUCAGUCUAUCCAGCCGUGCCUACAGUCACUUAUUUUGGUCAUUUACUCCCAGGCAGAGCAGGGACGUGCCUUUGAAACAGCACCUGGGGAACAGAUGAAAGGGAAAGGCUCUUCAUCCUGAAAAAUAAACACACCUGGUAACACACAAACACACUCACACUCAUGUAUUACUUUUAAUCAUUCUCACAGUUGUAGACCUCAUGAAUCUGCUGCGAGGCUCCAGCCUUUUCUCGUAUGAAUAUUUUUACUGAACACAAUCAGGCCGGCGAGCCUCCAGACACACGGUGUGUGUGUGCGUGUAGUGUGCGGAAAUGUGUCGGUGUGUGUGCCUUUUGCAUUCAGUUACAUGCAGUAUAUCUUUCAGGGGCAGUAAUUAAGAGUGUAUUGGAAGAAAAUGUUCCUCCCCCCCUCCUCCAAUCGCAAAGCCACCAAGCUUAUUUCCUCAGCCAGGUGUCUGUGUUGGGGUUAUUUCAGGUCGACGUAAAUGUUGUUCACAAACGUGGUGUAAGCCUUAAUUCCUUCCCCUGUUAUUUGCAAUCGAAGCCCUUUUUGAUGAGAAAAACGCUCCCAGUUUUUGAAUCUCUUAAAAGUGAAUUUGCGUCUCAAAUUGAUGCAAUUAAAAAACCCUGCAGCGUAAAGCACAGAGCGGCACCCGGUCUGAAUGUAAAGAGAAUAUAAACAAGCCUAAAGAAAUGUGAUGUUUACUAUAACCGACAUUCAGCUCUGCAAGUCCUUUUGCGGGGACCUGAGUGAACUCUAAACAAAAAGAUGCAGACGGUUCUGUUUUAGGAAUCUCUCAUCAGUCUGUGUAGAUUGUAACGACGCCAGUGAACUGCUCGUUUGUUUUGCUUGGUGAUUAUAAUUUGGUUGUUUUUAACAGUUAGCCAGUCGUGAAAAGCAGUCUAGUAGUCAUCCAAUAAUGUGAAAUCCUCAAAAUAUACACAAGAGUUAUAUAUAGGCGGAAGUGUUCCCAAUCCAGGACUGUAAAUUGUUGACCUGAACUCCAGUAUGUCGACGCUUAAAUGAUGACUAAUGUUUCGUAUUUUAUUGUACAUGGAAAGUGCUCUAGUUUUUUGUAUUUCAAAUGAAGUAUGGCCAAAUGACAAACUGUGCAGUGCAGAUGUUUUGCUCGCAUCUUUAAAAGUGUGCAUCAAGUUGGAUGUUAGAUACCAUCGUAUACAAAGACAUAACCGCAUUACUCCAGUGUGAAUGUUGACUUAUUUUACAGUGCAUUUUUUUCUUUCCUCUGCGUUGUUUUUCGGUGCUUUUUAGAGGGAUUUUGGGAAAUGUGAAUGUUCAAAUGUUCCAUUUUGUAAUGUUUUAUUUUUAAGAACCUUUGCACAAUGUUUUCUAAAAAAAAAAAAGAAGAGGAUUGCAUCGACAGGUUUUGGAUAAGAAGGGCGGAUUGAUCCACUCCUGUGCAAUCUUGUCUUGAUGUUGCUCCGUAGUUUUCCUGCCAGUGCGGUUCCCGACACACAGAGGACGGUGCUGGACUUUAUUCCAUUUAUUUUCCUCGAGCAUCGCCGCUUAGACGCGAGCGAGCUGGAUGUUGUUUGUUCUGUAGACGAUGCUGGUUUUCAGGCGAUGUUAGUGGAGGAAGGUUCGCCGUGUCGUGAUCUGUUUCGUUUCCUCCCGCUGGAAGAACAAACUGAACAACAGUGAAGCGAUCAGCUCUGGCUGGAGAUAAAGCACACCGUUUCAAGAGGACCAUAACGUUUUACAGAGUUGAAAAUACUGUUUACAUCCCGGAUCCAUUGUCUUUGUAAAAUGUAAAGGUAUGAAAAAGACAUUUGCAGUGAUCACAGUAUUAAAGUUUCUGAAAUAAAUAAA